ACAUAUCGAUUUUGUCGAGGUUUUCGUUACUGCGGGCUUUCGGCGGCGGCGACGAGGUCGCGGUGGCUCCCACCAACCGGGUACCAAACCGGUUCAUGGCUGGAGACGUCGCGCUGGAACAGUCAGCCGGGAAGGCCAGAGUCAGAGGCCUGCCACCUCCCACUCACGCACGCAGACUAGCUGCACCGAAGGAGCGCGCACGCGCGCUGGCGGCGUCCUCGCUCUCCCACCCGCGGCCGCGGGCGGGGGAAGGGGCUACCGAGACUAGCUGUCGGCCAGAGCGGCCCACGCCGGCCUCGCUCCUAGCGGCCCUUGCAGUCCCGGCGAGGCAUUCGAGCCGCUGCCCUGGGCGCUGCGGGGACGGCGGCUUUAACAGUUCGUUAUUCGGCCCCGGUUGGGGCAUGCCAGACCCUGAGCACCUCAAAAUGUCAUGUUCUAAAUGGUACCAUGAUGCUCCGUGUCCAUCGGUCCCUCCUGCUGCGGAAAGACCCCUUGUGCUUCGGCACACACGAACCUUGCACACCCUACUGCACUGCAGCCUGGGGAGGCAAAGCAGACCCUUGCGAGCAUAGGUUGCAGUACUGCGUCCCGGCUCUUCUCUCCCUGGUACGCGGCUCCACCUGCAGCAUGCGGAGUUGCCACGUCCGGUCCGAACGCAAAAACUGCAGUGACUGCUCUUGCGUCACCUUAACAAUAAAAGUAAAUGCUAACGUUUCCCUGUCUGCACCACUUCUCAAUCAGCACUCUCAAAGUAUUUGGCACAGUACCACCUUAAUAACACCUCAUCUUCCCUUGGGAGGGAGGGAGCACUGGCAGUUGCUGGGUAAUUUGAAGACUACAGUUGAGGGUUUGGUGUCAGCUAACAGCCCCAAUGUUUGGUCCAAGUAUGGUGGCCUGGAGCGGCUUUGUAGGGACAUGCAGAACAUCCUCUAUCAUGGGCUCAUCCAUGAUCAGGUGUGUUGCCACCAGACUGAUUACUGGCAAUUUGUGAAAGACAUCCGGUGGCUCAGUCCCCACUCAGCCCUUCAUGUGGAGAAGUUCAUCAACUUACACGAGAAUGGCCAGAAUAAUGCCGAUGGCGUGAGUGGGCAUGCUGUUGCAGAGUUGUGGCUGCAGCACAGCUUGCAGUGUCACUGCCUCUCAGCCCAGCUCCGACCUCUGCUUGGGGAUAGACAGUAUAUCAGAAAAUUCUACACAGAUACUGCUUUCCUGCUAAGCGAUGCCCACGUCACAGCCAUGCUUCAAUGCCUGGAAGCUGUGGAACAGAACAACCCCCGCCUCCUGGCUCAGAUUGAUGCAUCUAUGUUUGCCAGAAAGCACGAGAGCCCACUGCUGGUGACAAAGAGCCAGAGCCUGACAGCUCUGCCUGGUUCCACAUGUACCCCUCCAACCAGCUAUGCUCAGCAUUCCUACUUUGGGUCCUCCUCUGGCCUCCACCAAUCUAUGCCCAACCACAGCUCAGAGAGAAGAUCUACUUCCUUUUCCCUCUCUGGUGCUCCCCAGAAACCUCAAGAAAGCAGAGGACACGUCUCACCAGCAGAGGAUCAAACCAUCCAAGCCCCCCAGCUUUCAGACUCUGCACUAGCCAGGGAUUCUGCAUUGACCCCAAAUGAGAUGAGCUCCAGCACUCCGACCAGCCCUAUAGAGGCAUCCUGGGUCAGCAGCCAGAAUGAUUCCCCAAGUGAGGCCAGUGAGGGACCUGAGUACCUGGCCAUUGGCAACCUGGACCCCCAUGGCCGGACCACCAGCUGUCAGAGUCACAGCAGCAAUGCCGAGAGUAGCAGCUCCAAUUUGUUCUCCUCCAGUAGCUCCCAGAAGCCAGAUUCUGCUGCUUCUUCUUUAGGGGACCAAGAGGGAGGCGGGCAGAACCAGCUAUCCAGUGUUCUUCGCAGAUCCAGCUUCUCAGAGGGGCAGACUGUCACUGUCUCCAGUGGGACAAAGAAGAGCCAUAUUCGCUCCCAUUCAGAUACCAACAUUGCUUCCAGAGGAGCCCCAGGAGGCCCCAGGAAUAUCACCAUUAUAGUUGAAGAUCCCAUUGCAGAAUCCUGCAAUGAUAACUUGAAGUUAAGAGGCCCCUUUCCCUACUCUGCUCAAAGCAGUGAAGUCAGCACAACCAGAUCUCUGUAUAUGGAGUAUGAGAGUGGUCAGUACCUGUGCUCAGGAGAGGGGAUGUUCCGAAGACCUUCAGAAGGACAGUCCCUCAUCAGCUACCUCUCUGAGCAAGACUUUGGCAGUUGUGCAGACCUCGAAAAGGAGAAUGCCCACUUCAGCAUUUCAGAGUCCUUGAUUGCUGCCAUCGAGCUAAUGAAGUGCAACAUGAUGAGCCAGUGCCUAGAAGAAGAGGAAGUAGAGGAAGAAGACAGUGAUAAAGAGAUCCAGGAACUGAAACAGAAGAUCCGCCUUCGGCGCCAACAGAUCCGCAAACAUCUGCUCCCUAUAUACCAGGAGACUGAGCAUGGAAGCUUUCGGGUUACCUCCAGUAGCUCCCAGUUUAGUUCACGUGAUUCAGCACAGUUCUCUGACUCUGGCUCUGCUGAUGAGGUUGAUGAAUUUGAAAUCCAAGAUGAUAGCGAAGGAUCUAACCUGAAUCACAUGUCAAAGAACGGACUCUCAGUGUCAAUGGCCUCCAUGUUCUCAGAUGCUGACAUCAGAAAGAACACAGCCUCAAACAGCAAAUCCUUCAUUUCUUCCCAGUCCUUUUCCCACUGCUUCCUGCAUUCCACUUCUGCUGAGGCAGUGGCUAUGGGACUCCUGAAGCAGUUUGAGGGGAUGCAGCUUCCAGCUGCCUCAGAGCUAGAGUGGCUAGUCCCAGAACACGAUGCCCCUCAAAAGCUCCUGCCCAUUCCUGACUCACUGCCCAUCUCACCAGAUGAUGGGCAGCAUGCAGACAUUUAUAAGCUCCGUAUCCGUGUUCGUGGCAACCUGGAGUGGGCCCCACCCCGGCCUCAGAUAAUCUUUAAUGUUCAUCCAGCCCCAACGAGGAAGAUUGCUGUGGCCAAGCAGAAUUACCGCUGUGCAGGAUGUGGCAUCCGGACUGACCCUGAUUAUAUCAAACGGCUGCGGUACUGUGAGUACUUGGGAAAGUACUUCUGUCAAUGCUGUCAUGAGAAUGCCCAGAUGGUUAUCCCUAGCCGGAUUCUGCGCAAGUGGGAUUUCAGCAAGUACUACAUCAGCAAUUUCUCCAAGGACCUGCUCAUUAAGAUAUGGAAUGAUCCUCUCUUCAAUGUGCAGGACAUCAAUAGCACUCUUUAUAGAAAGGUCAAGCUGCUCAAUCAAGUCCGACUGCUGCGGGUCCAGCUGUAUCACAUGAAGAACAUGUUUAAGACAUGUCGACUGGCCAAAGAGCUUCUGGAUUCCUUUGACACAGUACCAGGUCACCUGACAGAGGAUCUUCACCUGUACUCCCUGAAUGACCUGACCACAACCAGGAAGGGGGAACUGGGGCCUCGCCUUGCCGAGCUCACCCGGGCAGGGACUGCCCAUGUAGAGCGAUGCAUGCUCUGCCAAGCCAAGGGCUUCAUCUGUGAGUUCUGUCAAAAUGAGGAGGAUAUCAUCUUUCCUUUUGAGCUCCAUAAGUGCCGGACCUGUGAAGAGUGUAAAGCAUGUUAUCAUAAAGCUUGUUUCAAGUCUGGAAGCUGUCCCAGGUGUGAGCGGCUACAGGCCCGGCGGGAGUUGCUGGCCAAGCAGAGCCUGGAGUCCUACAUGUCAGACUAUGAAGAGGAACCCACUGAAGCCUUGGCUCUAGAAGCCACUGUCCUGGAGACCACAUGAAGAAAGCACAUUAAGCCCUCUGUCUAGGGGCUGGGAUUAUACAUAAUGCAGAACUGAGCCACUGUCAUAAGGACUUUCCCCAGUUGGGGCUUUUUAAAAAUUCAUUAUCAUUGUUUUUUUUAUUUUAAUGAUUUGUCUGACGUCCAUGUGUUGUCAACCUUUGUUAGGUUGAUGGGUCCAGUCUAUUGUGACAGAUAACUUGUAGGCACCAGGUGUUUACUUCAGAACUGACAUGCGGGUUCUAGAGCUUCUCGUGCCUCUUGUCAGGGGAAUGGACAGUGAAAACCAAUUUGUCUGACAUCCAAGGCCGCCUUCACUAGGAUAGGAUUGGUUGUAGAUACAUCUUAAGUGUCAUUUCCACUUUUAUUUGUUUUAGUUCUGGAGCUUCUGAAUCAGGCCUUUCUCAACCAACUCUCUUCUCCUUUGCUGCUGAACCAGAGGGAUAAGUUUUCUCUCUCCCAGUCCUGCAAUAGGGUCAGACUAUAUCCUGGAGAAGCAGCAGAGAAUGGACAUUCUUUCUAGUUUGUUUAGGCAAUCUAGGGUCCAAAGAACAGAAUCAUUACCUUCCGAGAAUCCUCAGAGAGCUCAAGGAGGCAACCAUCAUUUUUCUGUUUGAAAUACUCCGGGAUGAUGUCACAAGCUAAAUUUCUGUAUCUGCUCUGUUGAGCCUAAAGCAAAGAACAGAACUGAGGCUUAGGCCAAGCUCAUUUGUAGCCUCUACCACAAGCAUGAAUGAGGCUAUGUUGCAUAAGGAAUAUGUGUUCAUUUAGAGGAGAUGUUGGCCUCCUCUUAAGUGUUCAGGUCUCUUAGUUAACCUAACUCUUUUGAGUGCAAGUAUGAUCUUUCAAACUCAGGCAAGUCCCUGAUGCCAUCCUAAGGUGAGGACAGAAACCCCACCCACCAUCUUAUUAAUGGGUUCCUUAUUGCUCCAUCCUGUUUGGUGGUCAUUAUUGUUCUGAGUAAAGCCAAACUCCAUUCUCUGUCCCCUUCCUGCAACAGGGCUGGGACCCUCUGUGGUUACUGAUCUCUUGCCUUAUUUUCUUUUCUCAGAGUUGGGGUUAAACAUUCCCCUAUUGGUAGUAUUAGAGAACUUGACAAUUUGUGGAUGUGAAUGUGAAUGUUCCUGUGUUCUUGGAAUAACAAGAGCCUUUCUGCGGAUUAUGCACUUAACUCAAUCUAGCCUGAUGAUAGUCAUUAGUUCACUCAUCCUUUUCAUAUCACUAGUUUUAACAUAUUCCGCUUCCCCACUUUAAUCUGUAUUUUGAUGGGAAAAGUUUUUGGAUAGGACUGGGUAUAUAUUUGAGCCAAAAGUUGCUAUAGCUCCUAACCUCUAUAUAAAACACUGGUCAGGGUUGCUUUUCUGAGGACUAGCAACUCUGUGAACUAAAGUUCAUGGCAUUUUUGUUCUGGGACCUACUUCUUCCUGUAUACCUGUCUUCCCAUAGUUGGUUAUUAGUGGAAAAUGAGUGGCUUGGGUGCUGCCCCAGGAAACUGAACAGAAAGUUGCACAUGGUUGGUGGAAGCUGAUAAGCGCCUGAGCUGGAGGUACAAGGGGGUUUCACAGAGAGUGAAAGGGGCAUUAAGGUAAUAGCCAAAGCUGAGGCUCUGCUAGAAUAAGAGGGCCCACAGUGUUGAUUCCUCUGCCUCAAACUUGGGUUUGGAGGGCUACAUCAGGUUGAAAGAUCCUGAUGUUCUUCUUCCAGUUCAUGGUGAAGCUCUGAAAGCCACGGUCAAACCCAGCUUUGAAGGCCUGACUAGAACUUCCAGGAACUUUGGGAAUGAUCCCACAAAACUGAAGUCUUACUAAGGAUUAGGCCCCAGAUUUAGACUUGGAAAUUUGUUAAAUAUGAGGAACUUUACUUCCAGUUUUGGUUUGAAUUUCAAAUCCACCUCCUUGCUCCAAGUCACUACACUGGAGAAGAGAUAUACUCUCUUUAUUGUCCUGCUUUUUUCGUAUCAACAUAGGAUCAAAGCUGAACCCAACAAUCUGACAUGCUCCUGAGUUUUCACUGUUUUUUCAUCCAUUUACAUUGCAUGUUUUGGUGACUUUGACACUAUGCUGUCAUAACUGUCCAAAUACCCAUUUAUUUAUCUGAGAGAGGGCAGAGGACAGGAUGUUUUGAAAGCACUUUGCAACUUAACAGUUAUGUGAGAAGCUCCUGCUGUUGUGGGGAGAAACUUCUGAAUGCACUGAAGAGAGUUCCUUCUAAAUGAAGUGGGAGGGAAGAAGUAUUCUUUUCUGUACAUAAAGGGGGAAAAAGUUUAUUUACAAGGUGGGGACAAGAUUCAAAAGAGUGCCGAAGAGUGGAAGGCAAACGUUGCCCACUUAAAUGAGGCUGUUAUUAACUUUCUUUGCCAAAGUUUUAGAGCUUUUGUUAAAUUAAAAGGAGCAAGAACCUAAGUAGAGAUGUUCUGAGAGUGUUCAACUCAUGUUUUGAACUGGAUUGCUUUCUACUUGCUGUAGUUGUCACACAGCCUAACAGUUCAUUGUCAUCUUUAAUAAACUAAGGAA